UCAAGCUCCUCACUGCAGACACUGUCUCCUCAAGCUCUGGGCCUCUACGAAGGAAGCCCAUGCCACUAGUGCUGUGAAGAGGCCCAAGUCACAGGGAGAGACCACCGGUUAGGACUUUAUGACCAUUCCAGUUGAGCCACGCUGACGUUCCUCAGCUCUGGUGCCACAGCGGAUGGAGAAGCUUCCAAACGAUUCUACUCUUUCCUAGUCCUGGGGUUUUCCAGGUUUCCCUUUCCAGGGGGGGACCUCCCCACUCCACCUUAACUGAGGAUCUGACUCACUUAACCUGAGAUCACAAUAAAAUGGUUGUGUUAAGUCAUCAAGGUUGGGCAGCCUGUCACUGACAGUGGAUGAAUGGACUACUCCCACCCACAGGGGACCCUGACUGUCAUACACAGCCUUCAUGUCUUUCUGAAGUCAGACAUUGCCUGUUGCUUUCAGGACCCACAUUUAGCCCCCCACCUUCCACACACCCACCCCUUGGGGCUUUGGCCUCUUCACCCACAGACUGGUGAGCUCAGUUACCUAAGUUAGCAAAUAUAUUGGUUCCUUGAGGUGGUCCCUAAGGGUGCCCUAUGAAGGGCCGCAAUGUGGAAAAGGAGUCCUCAUCUAAAACUUCUGCAGAGGUCCUGUGACUGUCUCUUGGCACUGUCACCAUGAAGGCACUGAGCACAGGGGCAGGUCACAAAGUCACCAUGUCAACCUUCCUGUCCCAUCAUAACCCUACAGUGUUUUGUCCCAAGGUGGGGGAAGGACUUCUCAGGUAGUUGAGGGAAGGACACCCCACAGCAGCUGCCUCCCCGGUCCCUGUGCCCUGAGUACGCCAGAUUGAGUACUACCUGGUGGUAGGUUAGAGGCAGUAAUCCUUGCCCCUAAGUUCAGGCAGAGGUGGUGGAGAAAGAUUCCACGUGACCUUCCACAGCAUCCCAAGAGCUAGCAAAGUCCCAGGGACAGUCAAGAACGUGAGGAGCCACAGUCCCUGCAUGGCUUGCUUCGCACUCAUUCUGCUCCUGCUCCUGUCGCUUCCUCCCACUUUUAAAACUGGGAGCCUCCGAUACCAUGGUCCUGGCUGGAAACUAUUGCACCGCCUGGGCAAGGGCUUUAGAAAUCCUUACCAAGAACAUAUGAGGCAAAACUUGCCCCAGGACCAAUUGGGAGAUGAUUGUCAGAGUUCUUUCGACCUCUACCUUAUCCUGGACAAAUCAGGCAGUGUGGCCAAGAACUGGAUCUACAUUUAUUCAUUCGCAGAGGGUUUGGUGAAGAAAUUCACGAACCCUAACAUGCGACUCUCCAUCAUUACCUACUCAACAGAGGCUGACGUUGUCCUGCCACUCACCUCAGACAGAAAUGAAAUCCACAAGAGCCUUCUCCUGCUUAAGAACAUAGAGCCUCAAGGACUCACACACAUGCAGAAAGGACUUAUAAAGGCAAACGAACAGAUCCAAAAAUCCGCCGCAAGAGGCCACAGGGCAGUCAGCGUGAUUGUUGCUCUAACUGAUGGGCUAUUGCUGCUAAAGCCAUAUCUUGACACUAUGGAAGAGGCCAAAAAAGCCCGGAAAUUGGGAGCGAUCAUCUAUACCGUGGGUGUUUUUAUGUACAGCAAACAGCAGUUGGUGAAUAUUGCAAACAACCCAAAUAAUAAUUUUGGGGUCGACGGAGGCUUUGCUGCCCUGGAUAGUGUCAUUGACCCACUUGUGUCCAAGUCCUGUGCUGAAGUAGUAGCCAGGCAGCCUACCUACAUGUGUGCGAAAGACGCUUAUCAAGUAAACAUUAGCGGACAUGAGUUUGACAGCAUAAGCAAUGUGAAGCAGGUUACGUGUAGAUUCACGUUCAGUGACUCCAAAGUCGUCGAUGAAACUCCCAGCGAUGUGAGUGAAAACAGUAUAACCUGUCCCGGACCAAGCAUACAACACGAGGGAGAGGACAUUUCUCUUCAAGUCAGUCUGAACGGUGGCACCUCCUUCAUUGGGAAAAAAAUCAUUAUAACCAAUACCAACUGCUGGAGCCCUAGGCCACAGGGAGGUACAACCAAAGAUACAAUCAUCGAGCCACGGAUAAAAGACCCAGACCAAGUCAGCACUACUUCCAAGCAGAAAGCACAAAGCCGCCCUGCGUUCAAAUGGUCCUGGCUGCUAUUCCUGCCAGCCUUGCUGGUGACCCUGCUCUUACUGUGCUGCACCUGGAAGCUUUGCAUAAAGCCUAAGGAGAAGCCACCAUUACCUCCCCAACAGUCAGAGAAGGAGCCAGAAGAAGAGAGCCCUCCUCCUACAUCACCUCCUGCUCCUGAUCCUGUUCCUGCUCCUUCUACUUCUGCUCCUUCUCCAGUCCCGUUGCCUGUCAACACAAACCCUACUGUGAUCGUGGCCUGCUGUGGCUGUGGAAACAGAGGGGUGCAGGAAAACCUGGACACAUGCUGUAACUACUUCCACCCAAGCUGCCACCAGAUGCCAUUGGUAUGGUGUCAUCCCAAAGCACAGGGAGGCUAUCCCAGCUUCACUGUCAUGAAACCCAACUGCUCACAGGCCUCCUGCAGUCAAAAGUUCUGCCUUUGCUCCAGUAGGGAUUGUUUUCACCUCGAAGAACCAUCUUACCCUACAAGGAUUGUCCUUCAACCCAAAGAGGAGUAUUUCAAUGGCCCACGGGCACGCUACAGCUCAAAGAUCCGCUUUCAAACCAACCAAGAAAGUCCCCCGGCUACACAGUCUAUGUACUCAAAGAUGUGCCCACCUCCCAAACAGGAGGGCUACGCUUUCAAGUCCCCACAGCCCCCACGCCCAACCAGGUAUACCAAGUCUCUCUCCAGGAUGUUACCUCUGCUCUCUCCCUAUACCCGACAAUCUGUAGACUCCUUUAGUCACACCUAUCCUUACCCCCCAAUCUCUAAAGGACCAAAAUUCUAAGUUUAAGAGGCUUUUGUCUAUUGCAUUGGACACACGUAUCAGGUCUUACUUAGAUCUUAGUGAGAAAGCUCUGGUGUGUUGCUGAUCAGAGAGUCCCACGCCUAGGGAGAUGCUCACAAUCUGAGGUAAGCUCCCUGGUCCCACUUCCUGCCAGUGUGUUUUCAUCUCUCUGCAAAGGCUGAGACAAGCCUGAUCUUUCACAAAGGUCCUUGUGGCACAGCCCUUCCUGCUCUCUAAAGACUCUCCUGAAUCCCUCUCCCUAAGUUCUUUCAAAGACAAGAAGAGUUCAAGUUUUCAUCUGGAUUGCACACUCCUGCUUUCCGUUUCUUAGAUUCUUGAAUUUUGAAUGUUUUCUGGGAGGAAAUAAAACCUCUUCUGGAA